UUUUUAAAAAAAUGUCAAAAUAUUUUUGUGGAUUUUUAAGUUUUUUCUUUCUUUUCGAAUUAUUUGUAUUUAUUUAUGCUCAGUCAACAAAUAAUUCAACUGGUUACCAAAUGAGUAUUUCUGAUUUAAUUAAUAAAUUACCAAUUGAAGAACAAAUUGAACUUCAACAAUUAUUAGCUGGAGGGGAAAAUUUAACUAAAAAAGUAUUUAAUGAACAAAUGGAUAAUUGGGCAAGUAAACAAUCAGAAUAUUUUUAUUCUUGUUAUGAAGAAAUGAAAGAAGGAUUUUAUGAUGCAAAAGAAAUAUUGGAGGAAAGACAUGAUCAAUUAAUGUCUAAUCAAACUGCGGAAGUUAGGGAUGCUGAUAAAAGAAUUAGGGAAAUUAACAACAAUCAAAAUAUUACAAUGAAACAAGAAAGUGACCAAAUUAAUGUUUGA